CCGCCCCAGCUUCUCGCCCAACCUCAUCAACUCGGCUACGCAACCUUAAUCAGCCUUCGCUUCAGCAUGGCAAACUCGGACACUAUGGCGCCUAGGCCGAUCGACAUAAAUAACCCGCCGUCUCGGGCUCUAUCGCUCCCCUCCUCCUCCUUCACUACUAUCAUCCGUCAUCACAGCCUAUCAACUUAUCACCACCACCACCACUACUACUACUACUACUACCCCUUUUUCAAGUCCAUUACAAAGCACUUGAGUACAACUCAAGUCACUUCCUUAUCACAACAAACACCCUUAGAUUAUCCACGGGCAAGAUGUCCACCCACCCUGCUGAGAUUGCAGAUCAACUAGCUUCUUCAGCCAAGCAAGCCCCACACAUGCCCAUCACCCCACCCCACUCGAGCCGGUCGGCCUUUGCCGAGUUGCCGUUGACGCAGAAGUUUAAAUCUGCGCCUCAGCUCUCGGGGCAGACGACGGAGGAAUUAGGGUCUGAUGAUGGGAUGGAGGAAGAGGAUCAAGAUGAUGGAGAGUAUGACGACGAGGAUGAGUGUGAAGAUCGAGAGGAGGAAUCGUUCACCCAGCCGGGGCUUGGGCUGACGCCGGGAUACGACGGGCUGGGCGGGCCGGUGACCCCGGAGGCGUUCACGGCCGAGGACGAGCUGUUUGGGUUGAUCGAGCCGGGCCAUCUGCGCGAGGCCGAGGCGGCGCUGAGCGAGCUGACCGGGUCGAUCAGCAGUGCGCUCACCCAGUACCGCGACCAGUUCGACGCUUGGGAACAGCUCCCCAAUCCGCCCGUCUCGGUCAUCAGAGCUAGCCUGCUCAUCGACCAGGGCCUCGCUCGCUUCAUCUUCGUCCUCGAACCUUUCAAACUUAACGCCACUCAGUUCCACGCCCUCUCCGGCGACUUCAACGAGCUCAGCUCGUUCAUCACCCAGAAUCAUCUCGAUCAACACAACCCUACUACUACAAAUACAAAUACACAAUUAUGGAAUGGUCUUGGACGGUUAGCGGACGAGAUCGUACAAGUGGAGGACGGAUUGAGUUGUGCGAUGGCCGAGAUCUCGGAGCUACACGACUGGGUGGAUGGAAUAUUGACGCCUGCGCUAGCGGAGGUGAAGUUCAGCUACCGAGCGACGAACGAGCUAGUGAGCAAGAUCCUGGAUGUGCAUUCGUAUCUGUGCGAUUCGCUCGCGAAGGCGGCCUCGAUCCUGGCGAUCUAUCGCUCCGUCCUGGGCCAUUUGAGCCGGGCCAUCGACUCGCUCCAAGCCGCCCUCCUCGACCACCUCGAGCCCAGCAACCCGGUCUUCCCCUUCCCCCAGACCGCCGCCUGGGCUGCCGCCGCUAGCCUCUCACUCGCCUCCUUCGCUCGCGCUAUCGCUAUCUUUUGCUCGAUCUCUAGCUGCAUUCAGCUGCAUACUCAAGGCGCUCUCGUCUCGGAUACCCCUCCCAUCGGCUCCACUGCUCAUCCUCCCGUUCGCUUCUAUCAUGCCAUCUCUAAUUAGUAACUUUUUUUUUUCCCUCCCCCAUCUCAUAUAAACACUUCUUUUUUUUUCUCACACAUGAGUUCAAGCAUCCCUUUUUUUUGUGUGUUCUUCCUUCUAGAUGCAUUGUUUUUUCUUAUCUUGAGAUACAUUGUGAUCAUCUUCUGUUAUUUUUUUGGGUUAUUUUUUUGUUAUAUGAAUCAAUCCAUGUAUCUGAAUAAUAAAGAGAAAUCCUAAAUUGAGGAGUGCUCCGCUGAGAUGUGAAUCGGAACAAGGGUUCUCUCCGCCAUGCAGUGCUCAUG